AUGGCACAACUCACAGAGAAUAUUCUAAAGUACCUAUCCGAAAAUGGAAAUGUCAAUACACUCAUAUUAGCUGCUCAUUUUGAAGAAGACCACCAGAAAAUCAUUGGAGCACUGAAAAGCCUUCAAGCUUAUGGCAACCUAAUAGAAGCUGAGCCAGUGAGUGAAAAAAGAAUAGAACUAACUGAAGAAGGAAAACACAUAGCUGAAAAUGGUAGCUAUGAAGUUCAUAUUUACAAAGCUAUUCCUGAAAAUGGUAUUGCCCAAUCUGAAUUGAUGAAACUGGCCAAUGCUAAGAUAGGGUUCAGUAAGGCAAUGUCUGCUGGUUGGAUUCUUGUAGAUAAAAGUUCCACACCUCCUUUAGUCAAGAAGAAAGUGGCAGAGAUCUUUGAUACAGUUCAAGAACACCUAAAAAAACUUGCAUCUGGGGAUGGGUCAACAAUCCCUGAUAAAGACAAACAGGAAUAUAAAAAAAGGAAACUCAUUCAAGAGGUUGUUGUGAAGAGUUUCAGCCUGAGCAAAGGUGCUGAAUUCAGUCUUACUUUAUCUAAGCUAGAGACUGAUUUGACAACAGAGAUGUUGACAUCAGGGAGCUGGAAAACCCUGAAAUUCAAAGAAUACAACUUUGAUGCACUGGGUGUUCCUCCAGAGUGUGGUUAUCUCCAUCCCCUUCUGAAAGUCAGAUCAGAAUUCAGGCAAAUUUUUUUGGAGAUGGGAUUCAGUGAAAUGCCCACCAACAAUUACAUUGAGAAUUCUUUCUGGAACUUUGAUGCCCUUUUCCAACCACAGCAACAUCCUGCUAGAGAUGCUCAUGAUACUUUUUUCAUCUCUGAUCCCAAGAUCAGCACUAAGUUCCCUCAGGAUUAUAUGGAAAGAGUUAAAAAAGUGCAUAGCAAAGGGGGAUAUGGAUCACAAGGUUAUGGUUAUGAUUGGAAAAUAGAAGAAGCCCAAAAAAAUCUAUUGAGAACUCACACAACGGCCGUCAGUGCCAGAAUGUUGUACAAAGUGGCCCAACAAAAGGAGUUCAAACCGAUAAAACUGUUCAGCAUAGAUAAAGUGUUCAGAAAUGAAACUUUGGACGCCACACAUUUGGCCGAGUUUCAUCAGGUCGAAGGGGUCAUUGCCGAUUAUAAUCUGACGCUGGGCGAUCUCAUCGGUGUUUUUGCCGAAUUCUUCAGGAAAUUAGGAAUCACCCAGCUCGAAUUCAAACCGGCCUACAACCCGUACACCGAACCCAGCAUGGAAAUCUUCUGUUUCCAUCCCGGCCUGGGUAAGUGGAUCGAAAUCGGUAACUCCGGAGUUUUCCGGCCGGAAAUGCUGCUGCCAAUGGGCCUUCCCGAGGACGUUUGCGUCAUUGCUUGGGGCCUGUCGCUUGAAAGGCCCACCAUGAUCAAGUAUGGGUUCAAUAAUAUUAGGGAUCUGGUGGGGCCCAAAGUGGAUUUGGAUAUGGUGCAGAGGAGUCCAAUUUGCAGGUUGAAUAAAUGA